GAACUUCGACUGAAUAUAGCAGGGUCCCAAAGUUAGGGUACACAAAAGGAACUCCAACCCAAACUCCAUGUAAAUUGAAAAAUACAGGCUUAUGAAACAGAUUUUGGAUUCCCCUGCUAAACCUUCUGACACAACAAUGGCGGAAGAGAAGAACAAGGACAAAUCGAAAGAGCGUCCCACUGCUAACCCUAAUUCAAUGGCUCUCCGCCUGGGCCUGACUUGUGCAUCCGCCAUGGUAGCGGAGACCUCUACUUUCCCCAUUGACAUCACAAAAACCCGCCUCCAACUUCAAGCCUCGUCGAGGGGCUCAUUUCAAACGGCCCUCGGAAUAGCCCAGCAAGAAGGCCUUGCAGGCCUUUACAGAGGCCUUCCGCCUGCGCUUCUCCGCCACAUUUUCUACACCACAAUUCGCAUAUUCUCCUACGAGCAGCUCCGCAACCGAUUCCUCUUAGACCAAAGCGAUCACUUCACCGUCCUCAACAGAGCGCUCUUGGGUGGCCUAUCGGGGAUUCUCGGCCAGGUGGUGGCCAGCCCUGCUGAUCUCAUCAAGGUCAGGAUGCAAGCUGAUGGUCGCAUGGGUAAUAAGAAUCACAGGUACAGUGGAGUUGCAGAUGCAUUAGUGAAGAUUUUACGGGCUGAUGGCAUGAUGGGGCUGUGGAGAGGGUUGCUGCCUAAUGUGCAGAGAGCGUUUUUAGUGAAUAUGGGUGAGCUAGCAUGCUAUGAUCAGGCCAAGAGAUCAAUCGUUGGACAUGGAAUCUGUGACGAUAAUGUGUAUGCGCACACACUGGCAUCUAUGAUGUCGGGCCUGUGUGCCACCACACUGAGCUGCCCUGCUGAUGUGGUAAAGACGAGAAUGAUGAACCAGGCUGGGGAAGAGUACAGGGGAUCUCUCGACUGCAUAGCAAAGACUGUGAGAAAGGAGGGGUUGAAGGCUCUGUGGAAGGGUUUCUUUCCAACAUGGGCAAGGUUGGGGCCAUGGCAGUUUGUUUUUUGGAUCUCUUAUGAGAAACUUCGGAGUCUUGCAGGGCUUUCUUCAUUCUGAAAGUCUCUUCCAAUUUUACCGUGUAAGCUCAGAGAUGCAUCCUUUUGAUUUCAUUUAAAAAAAAAAAUUCAGUUGCAGCGGGGCCCUUUAGAAAUCAGAAAACCCCAAAACAAUAGUUCAGUGAUCUUUGUAAGGUUUCAGGAACAUAGUCAUUUCAUCAAUUUGAUUUUGAAUUUAUCUUAUUAAAGUCCUUUGAAAUUUCGGAAGACAUAAAAGUACAGCUAUUCAAGGAAAAUAAUUCUAGACCUUACAAUUGAAUGUCUAAUUUCAUACACCUAAUCAGGUAGGCAAUCAAUAAGUAAAUGCUUGAUGCAAAAAAUCACACACAGUCAAAACCAGAAGCAAGAACGAAGCUUGAAUCAGUUUUCAACAAAAGUGUCAGAUUCUUUAGAAUCAGAAAACUAACAAUAGCAGUUCAGAAAUGCUGUUAAAUCUCAGGGAAAAGGUGGCAGAUCCAAUAUAAACAAAUGCUAGCUCAUUGGGAAAUUAGCUUCGAGCUCUACAAGAAAUUAAUUGAUGGAUUUUGUAUAUAUUUUAUAAUGUAACCUUCUGAAUUCUGGAAGUGCAAAAGUUCAACUCAAAUAAAGCAAAUCUGGAUUAUGAAUUCAAUCCUUC